ACGUCAGGACGGCUCAUGCCCAUGUCCCAAUGGCUUGUGGUGGCUCUUGCCCACGUCCCCACGGCCCCGGCCACCCCAAACCCAGGGGGGGUCGCUCACCCCCGUCCCUCUCUCUGCCCCCCAGCCAAGAAGAAGAACAAGAAGGGCAAGACCCUGACCCUGACGGAUUUCCUGGCGGAGGACGGGGGCGGCGGCGGCGGCCCCACCUACAUCCCCAAACCCGUCAGCUGGGCCGACGAGACGGAUGACCUGGAAGGAGACGUUUCUACCACUUGGCACAGUAACGAUGACGACGUGUACCGGGCCCCCCCCAUCGACCGCUCCAUCCUCCCCACCGCCCCCCGGGCCGCUCGGGAGCCCAACAUCGACAGAAGCCGCCUCCCCAAAUCCCCCCCGUACACCGCCUUCCUGGGCAACCUGCCCUACGACGUGACCGAGGAGUCCAUCAAGGACUUCUUCAGAGGACUCAACAUAAGUGCUGUGCGUUUGCCGCGGGAGCCCACCAACCCGGAGAGGUUGAAAGGUUUCGGAUACGCCGAGUUCGAAGACAUCGACUCCUUGUUCCAGGCUCUGAGCCUCAACGAAGAGUCUUUAGGGAACAGAAGGAUACGAGUGGAUGUUGCUGAUCAAGCUCAGGAUAAAGAUCGGGACGAUCGUUGCUUUGGCAGAGACCGGGAUCGGUUCCGGGACUCGGAGAGGUUUGAGAGCGACUGGAGGGCCCGUCCCGCCGCCACCGACAGCUUCGAUGACUACCCCCCCCGCCGGGGCGACGACAGCUUCGGAGACAGGUAUCGCGACCGUUACGACGACCGAUAUCGUGACGGUCCCCGCAGGGACAUGGACCGCGGCUUCGGGGGCAGGGAUCGCUACGAUGACCGCAGCAGGGACUACGACCGAGGUUACGAUUCCAGGAUAGGCAGCGGCAGGAGGGCUUUUGGCAGCGGCUACCGCCGGGAUGACGACUACCGAGGCUACGAGGACCGCUACGACCGGCGGGACGACCGCAUGGACCGGUGGAACGGCCGGGAUGAUUUCCGCCGCGAUGACCGAGGUCCCACCCAGAGGCCGAAGCUGAACCUGAAGCCCCGGAGCGCCCCCAAAGAGGAGGAGACCUCGGUGGCCCCCGCGGCCCAGUCCAGCCGAGCUGCCUCCAUCUUCGGGGAGGCCAAACCGGUGGACACGGCGGCCAGGGAGAGGGAGGUGGAAGAGAGGCUACAGAAGGAGCAGGAGAAGCUUCAACGCCAGCUGGAGGACGACAAGAGGAUAGACAGACGUCCCCGAGAGAGGUGGGACACCACAGGAGGACGGGGAGAGGGCUUCCUCCUGCCCCCACGGUGGGAUCUUGGGCUUCAGACCAGACCUGGGGGGUGUCACAGAAUUGGAGAAUCAGAGCCCUGA